UGCCUUGUGAAAUAUUUCUAAAAGAUGAAAAGCAAUAGAAUAGUAGCAUUCUAACAUAUGCAAUUCUUCAUUACUCAACAUUUAAUAUGUCUGAGUUUUGCCCUACUAGUACAUUCUUUCCCACAAAAAAUCAUGUUAGUCUAUGAAUCCCUACAACUUCGUCCUCUCUCUCUCACACACACGUGCACAGUGAUUAAUAGUACUAUUUAGAUUGAGAAAGAAGAAUAAAGAAUGUACCAUAAAAGAGCGUGUCAGUGAGUUACUCCAUUAAUUACUUCUUCAACUUUGUAUCCACGUUCACCUUCUUCAAACAGGUUUGUAUUUGUUGAUUGAUGGUGAUUUGACUUGGUACAACUCAACCACUCAUUGUACAAUCUUUAUCAGAUCAUUGGCGCCGUCUGUGAGAACGUUUUCUAUACUUUUGAAAGUUUAUAUAAGCUCUAGGGUUUAGUUUAGUGUGGAAUUUGAAGUUAAAUGAAAGACAUGAGUUGGAUGGUUGCAUCCCCUAAUGGUUCUUCGAAUUCGAAACCACUUUCAUGGAUUGUUGUUUCAAUUGGAGUAGUAGCUGUAAUCAUAACUUUUGCUUCAUGGUUUUUUCUAUCAUACCCUAUUAGUUCAUCUGCUCAUGGUCAUUUCUACGGUGUAGAGAGUUCGCAAACUCAAAUCAAUACAACUUCUGUUGAUGUUCGCGUGAAUGGAAGUUUAGGUUUAGGAGAUAAUAAAACACUCUUUGAUUUGCAACCUUCCAUAGAUGUUGUGUCGAGUGAUAAUAGCAAGACAGAACGAAUUGAUGAUAAUGGAAAUUCACAAGUACUCUUUAGGGAUUCUACUUCGCCGAAAAUUGCUCCUAUAACUAAGGAGGUGAAUAGCUCAGAAACUUCGGGUUUGGCCUCAAAAGUGCCUAUUCCGGUGGUUGGUAGCAAUUCUUCAAUUGUGAAAGGUUGUGAUCUUUACCAUGGAAAUUGGAUAUAUGAUCCAUCGGGACCGUUAUACACAAACAAUUCGUGUCCUGUACUGACACAGACACAGAAUUGCCAGGGUAAUGGUAGGCCUGAUAAGGAUUACGAGAACUGGCGAUGGAAGCCUUUUGAGUGCGACAUCCCGCGAUUUGAUCCGAGGAAGUUUUUGGAGCUAAUGAGAGGCAAGACAUUGGCUUUCAUUGGAGAUUCAGUGGCUCGAAACCAGAUGGAGUCAAUGAUGUGCAUUCUUUGGCAGGUGGAAGAACCUAAGAAUCAGGGUACUCGCAACAUGCAGCAAUAUUAUUUUGAGUCUACAUCUGUAACAAUUGUUCGGAUAUGGUCGUCAUGGCUUGUCAAACACAAUUCCGAACCAUUUGACUUUGCUCCAGCGGGUGUGGAGAAACUCUAUCUCGAAUCCCCUGACGAGAUGUUGAUGGAAUUUCUCCCGACAUUUGACGUGGUUGUUCUUUCUUCUGGCCAUUGGUUUACUAAGCAAUGCAUAUACAUUUUGAACAACGAGGUAGUUGGAGGACGAUUAUGGUGGCCGGACAAAUCUCGGCAUAUGAAGAUCAACAGCAUUGAAGCAUUCGGUAUAUCCGUUGAAACAAUUCUUACCGCUCUUGUUACACAUCCUAAUUAUACCGGGCUUACAAUUUUACGCUCCUAUUCACCCGAUCAUUACGAGGGUGGAGGAUGGAACACUGGUGGAUCAUGCACCGGGAAAGUCAAGCCUCUUGUGCCCGGUGAAUUGGUGGAAAAUAAGUAUAACGCUGCGAUGUACAAGCAACAGGUUACAGGUUUUAACAGGGUGGUAAAAAAGGCGACAAAUGGAUCGAGGAUGAUUUUGAUGGAUAUUACCGAAGCCUUUCAAUAUCGACAUGAUGGUCAUCCUGGUCCAUAUAGGAGCACCGAUCCUAAUAAGAUUACAACACGAGGCCGAGAUGGAAGGCCGCCACCACAAGAUUGCUUGCAUUGGUGCAUGCCGGGACCUGUAGAUACUUGGAACGAAAUCGUGUUUGAAAUUAUUAAGGAAGAAUAUGAAAGUGAUAGCGCAUCAUGAGAUUAUUUUUUCGUCGGAAACCAAACUGCGUUCGUCUUCUAAGCUCACAAGGGUGAGUUUUGCAGUUACAUGCCUAUCUGAAGAAGGGUAAGAUUGGUCAAUUUCCCCUUAUAAUAGAAGCAUAUUAUAGAUCAUUCAUCUUCUCUCAUGUAUGUUCUGUGUAUAUAUGUGUGAACUGUAAAUUUUAUUGGCGUCGACGAGAUCGAAAUUACCGGAGAAUGUAAGAAUGGUGCAUUAUGAAGAUGUUUUUCAGUCCAGAAUGCAAGAUUUCAACUCGAUAUUUGAAUUCUAUAUAGUAUGCAUAAAGACUUUCACUCGGAUUGUUUCGCUUGAGAAGAUUUUUACUUCUGUAGCAUCGACAUCUCUGAAUAAAGAUGUGCCUGAUAUCUGACACAUGUCCAUGUCUAACAGUGACACUCUCGUGAUCCUUGUGAUUUCGUUCAAUUUAAGAAAAAUAAAAUUAUUGAUAAUGUCAAUGUGUCGGUAUCGGAGCAAACUUAGUCUGAUUGUUGCCAAAGAUUGUGUCAUCCUUUAAAAGCAAUCUCUAUUGUGUCAUCAUUAAAUCUAUGUGACAUUGUUUCUUGUAUCUUGUAAACGUUUUAUCUAUUGUUUCAUUUUUUUUCA